AAAACCGCAAACGAGCUGUUUGUUUGAGCAGCAGAGCCAAAGAGUCACCGGACCGGAGGAGACAUGAAACCUGCCUCGGUGCUUCUUCUUCUCACGGUGGGCUCUGUUUGCGGACAAGCCGCUGCGGAAAGAAAGCUAGCGUUCGUGACUGUGUUAUUUCGGCAUGGGGACAGAUCGCCAAUCAAGGCCUUUCCUACGGACCCCCACCAAGAGAGUGCCUGGCCCCAAGGCUUUGGACAGCUGUCGCAGGAGGGGAUGAGGCAGCACUUCGAGUUGGGUCAGUUUCUGAGGUCUCGAUACAAGAACUUCCUCAACGAGUCCUACAACCGGCACGAGAUCUUCGUUCGAAGUACAGACGUGGAUCGCACUCUGAUGAGUGCCGAGGCCAACCUCGCAGGUCUCUACCCCCCCGAAGGUCAACAGGAGUUCAGACCCAACCUGGUGUGGCAGCCCAUUCCCGUGCACACGGUGCCGCUGAGCGAAGAGAGGCUCCUCUCGUUUCCUUUGGAAGACUGUCCUCGCUACAAGCAGCUGAUGAAUGAAACUGAACACAGUGGAGAGUAUAUUAAUAUUACCACAACAUACAAGGACCUCAUUGAGCUGGUGAACAAUAAAACGGGACUGAAAAACGUGGAAACGGUGUGGAGCGUGUACGACACGCUCUUCUGCGAGUCCCGUCACAACAUGACCGCUCCUGACUGGGUGACUCCCGACGUCAUGGAAGGGCUCAAGAUCAUAAAGGACUUUGGGUUCCAGAUCAUGUUUGGGGUCCACGAGCAAGAAGAAAAGAGUCGUCUGCAGGGAGGUCUGCUGCUUGGUGACAUCGUGAAGAACCUUUUGGCCGUUCCAGACCCAACACAGCAACUCAAACUUAUGAUGCUCUCAGCACACGACACAACCGUAGCAGCGCUUCAGGCUAGUUUGAACGUAUUCAACGGAAUCCAGCCGCCCUACGCCUCCUGCCACAUGUUUGAGCUGUACAGGGAGGACAAUGGCUCUGCUUCCGUGUCCAUGUUUUACCGCAACGACUCCACAAUGGAGCCGUACCCGCUUCAGCUGCCAGGAUGUUCCCUUGACUGCCCCCUGGAGGAAUUUGUGAAAAUUACAAAGAGCUCCAUCUCAGACGACCGGGAUAAAGAGUGUCAGCUGCCAUCACCAAGGAGUGAUAAAGAGAUCAUCAUCGGCCUGGCCUUGUCCAGCUGUGUGCUCUUCUUCCUCAUUGCCUUCCUGCUCUUUUUUAUUUGUCGGCAAAAGGAGACGGCUGGCGGCAGAUACCGACACGUGAUCAACCAGGAAGCCGGGGAGGAAUCCUGACAGAGGUGCAAACUCCUACCUUGGAAAGCUACAAGCCGUGGCUCCUGGGACAGCAGCGAUAACGAUGAACUUUGACU